AACUAUGCCAUUUUUGGGUCAGGACUGGAGAUCGCCUGGAUGGAGUUGGAUUAAAACAGAAGAUGGCUGGAAAAGAUGUGAAUCCUGUAAUCAGGAACUUGAAAGAGAGAAUCAGUAUAACAUCAAUCACAACAUUAUCUUAAAUAGUGAAGAUGAAGAAAUAUUCAAUAAUGAAGAGUGUGAAUAUACAUCCAAAAAAAGGAAAAAGGAUCAUUUUAAAAAUGACACAAAUACUCAAUGUUUUUAUCGUGAAAAAUGGAUCUAUGUCCAUAAAGAAAGCACAAGAGAAAGGCAUGGCUAUUGUACCUUAGGAGAAGCUUUCAAUCGCUUAGACUUUUCAAGUGCAAUUCAGGAUAUCCGAAGGUUCAAUUAUGUAGUCAAACUACUACAACUAAUUGCAAAAUCCCAAUUAACUUCAUUGAGUGGUGUGGCACAAAAGAAUUACUUCAACAUUUUGGAUAAAAUCGUUCAAAAGGUCCUCAGUGACCACCAAAAUCCUCGCCUAAUAAAAGAUCUUCUCCAAGACCUUAGCUCUACACUUUGUAUUCUUAUUAGAGGAGUAGGGAAGUCCGUACUGGUGGGAAAUAUCAAUAUUUGGAUUUGCCGAUUAGAAACUAUCCUCGCCUGGCAACAACAACUACAGAAUCUUCAGAUGACUAAGCAAGUGAACAAUGGCCUUACUCUUAGUGAUCUUCCUUUACACAUGCUGAACAACAUAUUAUACAGAUUCUCAGAUGGAUGGGACAUCAUAACUUUAGGUCAAGUGACUCCAACGUUAUAUAUGCUCAGUGAAGAUAGACAAUUGUGGAAGAAACUUUGUCAAUACCAUUUUGCCGAAAAGCAGUUUUGUAGACAUUUGAUCCUUUCAGAAAAGGGCCAUAUCGAAUGGAAGCUGAUGUAUUUUGCACUUCAGAAAUAUUACCCAACAAAAGAACAAUAUGGAGACACAUUGCAUUUUUGUCGACACUGCAGCAUUCUCUUUUGGAAGGACUACCAUCUUGCUUUAUUAUUCAAGGAUUCAGGACACCCCUGCACAGCAACAGACCCAGACAGCUGCUUCAUGCCUGUGUCUCCUCAGCACUUCAUUGACCUCUUCAAAUUUUAA